AACAACACCCUGGCCAAUCACGCACCACGUACUUCAGAACAUUUAGCGUCAUCGUUCCCCUGGCAACUUCUCCAACAAAGUCGAAUGGCAAAAAAGUACAAUGGAAAAAAGUUUAAUGACUUUGAUGCUAAUUAAUAUGGGCAAUCGCAACACAGAAUAACUAGUUGGAUACUUGCGCAUGCUUAUUGUAAUAGAGAGCUAGCCCGAAAAUGGUUAAGCAUACUAUACAAAUCUUUGCCCGCGUCAGACCGACAAAGAAAACCACCUCGGUGUACGCGGUAGACGAUGAGGAAGAGAAGGUGGGGUCCAGCCUGGAGUUUGUGGUGCCCCGGGACCUGGCCGAUGGUUUCAUCAACAACAAGAAGGAGAGCUACAGAUUCAGGUUUCAGAAGGUGUUUGAUCAGGAGGCCAAGCAGGAAGAGAUCUUCGAGCACAUCGCCAAGCCGGUGGCUGACAAUGUUCUGGGAGGGUACAAUGGAACCAUCUUUGCGUACGGGCAGACCGGCAGCGGAAAGACCUUCACCAUCACAGGAGGCGCGGAACGCUACAGCGACCGAGGCAUCAUUCCGCGCACGCUAUCCUACCUGUACCAGUACUUCAGCCAGGACCACAGUAAGGUGUACAGCGCCCACAUUUCCUACCUGGAGAUCUACAACGAGGUCGGCUAUGAUCUACUGGAUCCCCGUCAUGAGGCGUCCCGAUUGGAGGAUCUACCGAAAGUGUCCAUCAUGGAGGACGAAGAUCAGAAUAUCCACCUGAAGAACCUGUCAAUCCAGCAGUCGGCCAAUGAGGAGGAGGCCCUCAACCUGCUCUUCCUGGGGGACACCAAUCGCAUGAUCGCCGAGACCCCUAUGAACCAGGCCUCCACGCGCUCCCACUGCAUCUUCACGGUGCACGUGUGCAGCAGGGAGCCCGGCUCCUCCAUGCUGCGCCGCUCCAAGCUGCACCUGGUGGACCUGGCCGGGUCCGAGCGCGUGGGCAAGACCGGCGUGGGCGGCCUGCAGCUCACCGAGGCCAAGUACAUCAACCUAUCGCUGCACUACCUGGAGCAGGUGAUCAUCGCUCUGUCGGAGAAGAAUCGCUCCCACAUCCCCUACCGAAACUCCAUGAUGACCUCCGUCCUCCGGGACAGCCUGGGGGGGAACUGCAUGACCACCAUGAUCGCCACCGUGUCCGUGGACAAGAGGAACGUCGACGAGUCCAUCUCUACCUGCCGAUUCGCCCAGAGGGUGGCGCUCAUCAAGAACGAGGCUCGGCUGAACGAGGAGCUGGACCCGGCUUUGGUGAUCAUCCGUCUGAAGAAGGAGAUCCAGUCCCUGAAGGAGGAGCUGGUCUUAGCGACGGGGGAGCAGAGAGAAGAUGAGCUGACUGAGGAGGAAAUGCAGAAAUUGGGGGAGCAGCUGAAGAAGUUUCUGGAAGAUCCUGACCCUGAUUUCACUCUGGACCUGGGGCCGGAUAUGCGGAAGAUCCAGCACUGCUUCACUCUGCUCAAAGUGAUGGUGAGGGAGAAGUUUUCAGGCGUGGCUCCGGCAGGUGAUUCGGUCCAGUCCCCUGAGCUCCCCAGCCAGCCAGGGAGCCCCCACCUGGAGGAGGUGACACCUGAGGAGGUGAAGAAGCUGAGGGAGAUGCUUCAGCAACGCGACAACGAGAUCAGUGUGCUGGUGAACAUGCUGAAGAAGGAGAAGAAGAAGGUGCUGGACGCCACCACGCAGCUGACCAACGUCAUGAGUGGCCACCCCCCGCUAUCCCAGAGUUCCCUGCAGCUGUCCGAGGCCACGCCUUCUGAGUCCACCGUGAUCCAGGACAGAGUGCCCAGCCCCGGCUCCUCAUACUCUGUACACAGGAGGAGAGGCCCCGAGCUCUCAGCGGGACGCCAGGAGGCGUUUGACAUUUUUAGGAAGGAGCACGAGGACUGCCUGGUCGUCGAGGACAACAAGGUGCUGCUCAAACAGAGGUAUGCUGAAGCGAAGGCGCUCGGGGAGCAGGUGAACGAGGCCAGAGGCCGAGUCAAUGAGCUGAAGAGGCAGUUGGAGCAGAGGAGGAUGCAGACUGCGGCUCAGGGGGUGACUGAGGGCACUACAGAGCCAGUGGAGCCGGACCCUGUGGAGGAGAGACUGUGUGAGCAGAUCGAGCGGGAGAAGAUAAGUUAUAAGAGCACCUUCGGCCGCCUGAAGGCCCUGAAGACGGAGAUAGAGCACUUGCAGCUGCUGCUGGAGAGGGCAAAGGUCAAAGUGCAGAGGGACUUCCAGGAGUGGUGGGCCAAUGAGUCGGCCAGGCUGCAGGAAGAGAGGUCAGAGGUCACAGCUGCAGGUCAGAGUUCAGCAUGGACCAAUCAGGAGCAAAGGCCAGAGGUCACAGCUGCAGGUCAGAGUUCAGCAUGGACCAGUCAGCAGCCAGAACCGUCAGUGACCGCAGUCACACACACCAGGGGAGCCCCACUGAACCGCCGCACGGGGACUGGAGGGUCGCCGACCAAAGAGCCGGCGCCCAGAAACCGGCCGGGCAGCCGGGACCGCGCCCCGCCAGACAGCCACAGAUCCCUGGUCCCCGCUGGUACUCCCUCCUCCAUCCCCCUCACUGGAGACCUGCAGACUGAUGCAGACAUACUGGCCUUCGUUAGAGCCCGACACAGCCUGCUCAGCCGAACAGGAGCUGCACAGCACUGAACUCUGAGGGCCAACUGCCAGAAUGCCCAGAGGCUCCGCCCACUUUUCAGCUACAUCACAAGUGUGAACCUGCCCCUGUGGGGACAUCCCAGAAGUGAAGUGGGAGAAGUGCCCCUACCUGGGGCAGCAUUAGGGAGGGGGUAAAUCAGGUGGCGUGUGCCUUGUUGGAGGGGGGCCAGGGGGAGAGCAGAGGAUAACUCAUCCUGUUCUGUGAGAGAUUCGGCCUCUUUUUUUGAGUGACGGCUGUCGACCAAGCUAAUGCCUGCCGGUGACUGUGACAUCACACAUCAAUCAAACCCGGCCCGUCGCUACGGAAACACAGCAACAGCCUGAGCAGGCUGCAGUAUGUCAGCUCCAAACAAACGCCAACACAAAGGCCCCAGUAAGACUGGACCGCCACUGCACCAAGCACUGAUGAUCAACGCCAAGAAGCAGCCUAAUAACAAAUGUUUCUCUUUAAGCCCUUUACAGACACAGACUUAUAGUCUUGCUGCAGAUGUAUGUGAAAGUGUUAAAAAAAUACCUUUCAGACAUUUCAUUGCCAAAAUGUGUGUAUUUUGUGAUUCACUGUAAAAUAUUUAGUCCUAUGCAGGUGCAAAAACAUCUACACGUCAACAGAAAAUGUCUUUCAGUGCUGUUGUAUCAGAUGUGAAUGAUUGUGUGAGAUUUGUGACAAUCAAACCCACUCGGAAACAUUCAAACUCAAAAACAGUAAAUUCAGAAUUUAA